GUUACAUAUCCUCUGGAGAAAACCAUUUAUAAUUUUACAAUUAAUUCGGAGCUUUGAAGAUAUUAUUACGACGUAACGUUUUAAAAAGCUAACUAAUGUUAAAAAAAAAAGAGCUAACUAAUUUUCAAAACCUAACGGCCUAUUUCAGUUCAAACAAUAAAACUACUCCCCGGACACAGAAUAAGGCGCGGACCCGAUUCGGAUCCGGAUUUAUCCGAUAUCUCUUUCAUUUGAAUCUCCGAUCCAACAGUUUUACAACAAUGGCGGCGUACAGAGCGGACGACGACUACGAUUACCUCUUCAAGGUGGUGCUGAUCGGAGACUCCGGCGUCGGAAAAUCAAACCUCCUCUCUCGAUUCACGCGCAACGAGUUCAGCCUCGAGUCUAAAUCCACCAUCGGCGUCGAGUUCGCCACCCGUAGCAUCCACGUCGACGAUAAGAUCGUCAAAGCUCAGAUCUGGGACACCGCCGGCCAAGAGAGGUACCGAGCAAUCACGAGUGCGUAUUACCGAGGAGCCGUGGGAGCAUUGCUUGUGUACGACGUCACCAGGCACGUGACGUUCUCAAACGUGGAGAGGUGGUUAAAGGAGCUUCGAGAUCACACGGAUUCGAACAUCGUCAUCAUGUUGGUUGGUAACAAAGCGGAUCUCCGUCACCUGCGAGCCGUUUCUACGGAAGACGCUAAGGGUUUUGCUGAGAGAGAGAGCACUUUCUUCGUGGAGACGUCAGCUCUGGAAGCUACCAAUGUUGAGAACGCUUUCACUCAAGUGCUCACUCAGAUUUACCGCGUGGCUAGCCGGUAAGGCGCUGGAUCUUGGAGAUGAUCCUGCUUCUCUUCCUAAGGGACGGACUAUCAAUGUUGGGUCUAAAGACGAUGUCUCUGCGGUUAAAAAAGUUGGUUGCUGCUCGAACUGAACUGUUGAUUGUGAUAAUGUAAA